UCUUAUGGCCCCCUUCAAACCAAACAACUUUUGUCUGAAACGUUUUUGUCUGCCGUUCUCGGAUUUCGAGAUAUUUGGCUGAUACGGGUGGUCUGGGACACCCUGUAUAUAAAACUUCUUUUUGUAAAUUUAAUUUAAGUCAAAUAUCAAUUUAUUGCAAAUUGUUUAAAAUUCCGUGUGAUUUUACAAAGUUUAAAUGAAUAUCGCGAUCUUAAAACAACGAACAUUUCCAUUUUCUCAUAUUUACACGUAAAUAAAAAAAAAGGAAAAACGUUUAUGAAAAAUCGGCCAUGACAGAUCUCUGAGGAAUUUCAUAAGCUUUAAUUUAAGACCAAAAUAAUUACAAUAGGUUGUAUACUUUUGGCUAAAAGUUGUUUUGAACGAAAACGUGCUACUUUGCCCCACUGUGCGCCGUUUUGGUCUGGCGGGCCUUCGCGCGCCCUCCCCCCGUUGUUGUUGGGGGGGGCUCCCCGUAGGGGAGUCCUCUACUCUAUUGGACGGGAGAGGCGGCCACCACCUCUCCCGUCCGCCUCCGAAGGAGGCCGGGCCGGACGGGAUACAGAUCCUCAAGUAAGAGAUGCGCAAACUUCGGUCGUUUGCAAGAAUAUGGCGGCCAAUAUGGUGGCCUGCGCGCCAACGCGCCUGCGCGCUAACAAGCCGCGCGCUAGCGAGCCGCGCGAACGAAAAUAAUCAUAUAAUAACAAAGGAGAAAGACAAGGAGAAUGAAACAUGUGAGAAUUGAAAAUAUUUUAACAUAGUCAUAUUUAUUAAUCUUAGUAAGGCUCCAAUAAAAGCUAUAUUAAAUUUAGUCUUCAGAACGAUACAUUUAGAUGAAAUCGAUUUCAUCUAAAUGUAUCGUUCUGGGGCUCGAUUCUUGAAACGAGGACCCUAGAUGUCGCAUGCGAUAUCGCACACGUUGUCAGAAAUGGUAUUCUCGAAUGUGUGAGAUACAUCGUAUGCGAGAAAAUAUCGAACAACUUAUAUCGAGUGCGUACAAGGUAUGCGAUACGCAAGUCGUAUACGACAAAUAUAGUAACAAAACAAGUUUCAACAAAAGUGAAGUGAGGUUAUCGAAAGUGAGUGAGUGAAAUAAAUUUUAUGUUAGCAAUGGAUAUGGCAUGUCGAAAUGCUGUUCAGCUUCAUAUAAUCGAACAAUUAGAAAAUGCCAAUUUUUAUUAUAAUGAAAAACCACGUUUUCACGUAAGGGAUGAUGCAUUUCUAUUAUCGGAAUCUCAGUUCGUCAAGCUUUUUCGAUUGAAAAAAGAAACAGCAAACAGGCUUAUUAAUAUUGUAAAAGAGAAUAUUGAAGAACCGUUACGACCUACGGCUUUGGAUGCAACUACACAAGUUUUAGCAGCAUUAUGCUUUUACGCAUCAGGAAGUUAUCAAAAUUGCAUAGGACAAAACAUUCAUACGGCUAUUAGUCAACCUUCGAUUAGCAGAUGUAUUCGUAAUGUGACUAGUAUUCUUAAUUUACAACCAAUAUUCAAUAGUUGGGUGCGCUUUCCUAACAACCUUCAGGAGUUGCAAGAACUACGUAACAAGUGAGGAAGGAUAUAAUCUAUUUUUAAAAAGUUAUAUAUCUUGUGAACACAAGUAUUAUAUCACAUUAUAUGUAUAUUC